AUGACGGCAAUGAGUUAUUUCCUCGAAUCAGUGCUUCCAUUUUCAGUCAUGGUGGCUCUCGAGCUGAUCAGCGUUGGGCUAAACACCCUGUUCAAAGCUGCGACUUUGCAGGGCAUGAGCUACCAUGUCUUCGUUGUCUACGACUACGCUACAGCCGCUCUCGUACUCCUCCCAGCUGUAUACAUCUCUCGCAGAUCCACAACUGCUCUUCCUCCUUUGACUUCUCGCAUGAUAUGGAAAAUUUGUCUUCUUGGAAUCAUUGGGGAUCAAUUUCAGUUCACCAACACUGUCUUCAGCCUUAAGCAACCUCACUCCAGCUUUUACAUUCAUAUUUGCCGUCAUGUUCAGACUCAGAUAAUGGAGGAAUACCCUGCAGAACUCACGGUAACCUUUCUAUACGACUUGGUAGUAUGCGUCUUUGCAGCAGUUGUUGCUUUGAUUGCUGAAGGAACAUCAUCGAACGCCUGGUUGCUUAGUUCGAGGAUUGCAUUUGCCUCGGUGUUAUGCUCGGGAGUGUUCGGAUCAUGCAUGAGCAAUGCUAUCGAUGCAUGGGCGCUAAGGGUUAAGGGGCCUCUAUUUGUGGCAAUGUUCAGUCCAUUUUCCAUGGUGAUUGCUGUUGUCAUGGGGGUGGUGUUUCUGGGGGAUCCACUGCUUCUUGGAAGCCUAAUUGGAGCAACAAUCAUAUCCGCCGGGUUCUACAUGUUGAUGUGGGGAAAGGCGAAAGAGAUCGAUAAUAGUGAGACCAAAUUAGAAGAAGAUCCGUGUCACAAUAGCAGCAGCCUUCAGGCACCCCAGUCUGGAGAGGAUGUUCAUGCCCCUUUGCUGCAAAGCUACAAAACUGAACAAGUGUAACAUGAAUUCAUGUGCAUGAAAUCUGUAUCUUGGACUUGUAUAAUGUACAGUUUGGUUCAAGUAAUCUCUUAAGAGUUAAGAACCAUUAACGAAGCAUGAAACCUGGGCUGUUCAAAUUCAGCUUCCAUUUGUAUAAUUGUAUCCCUCUGCAUAUGUAAAAGAGUGAGAGCAGCAGAAAGGUUUCUGUUUUACUGUAUUCUGUUGAGUGAAAUGAAAGAAACCUACUAAUUGUCAGAA